AAAUUUCAAAUAAUAAAAAACCUCCCUCCUAAAAUCCCUUUCUCCAAAAUCCCUAGAAUCUCAAUGGCGACUUCCGAUUACUCUCUAAACACACCAACAAAAACUCCGAUUAGUGACAACAAACUUUCAUCGAGAAAACACAACCACCAAACCACCGUCUCAAAGUCUCGAUUCGAAGCGUACAACCGUCUUCAGUCUGCUGCGGUUGCGUUUGGUGAAAAACUUCCAAUACCUGAGAUCGUAGCGAUCGGAGGUCAGUCGGAUGGCAAGAGCUCGCUUCUGGAAGCGUUACUUGGGUUUAGGUUUAAUGUUAGAGAAGUUGAAAUGGGGACUCGUAGGCCGCUUAUUCUUCAGAUGGUUCAUGAUCCUACUGCUCUUGAUCCUCGGUGUCGGUUUCAGGAGGAGGAUUCUGAGGAAUAUGGGAGUCCAAUUGUUUUAUCAUCAGUAAUUGCAGACACUAUCAAAUCACGAACUGAAGCGUUGCUGAAGAAGACUAAAACUGCCGUCUCUGCUAAGCCGAUUGUGAUGAGAGCUGAAUACGCUCAUUGUCCUAAUCUUACCAUUAUUGAUACUCCAGGAUUUGUUCUCAAGGCUAAGAAGGGUGAACCGGAGAGUACCCCAGAAGAAAUUUUAUCAAUGGUGAAGUCUUUGGCUAGUCCACCUCAUCGUAUCCUGGUCUUUCUUCAACAAAGUAGCGUGGAGUGGUGCUCAUCUUUGUGGUUGGAUGCUAUUCGUGACAUUGAUCCAACUUUUCGAAGAACGUUAAUUGUUGUUUCAAAGUUCGAUAAUCGUCUUAAGGAAUUUACUGAACGGUGGGAGGUGGACCGCUAUCUGAGUGCAAGUGGCUACCUUGGAGAUAACACACAUCCGUUCUUUGUGGCUCUACCAAAGGAAAGAACCACAGUUUCAAAUGAUGAAUUUAGAAGGCAAAUUUCUCAAGUGGAUUCAGAUGUUAUACGUCACCUCAAAGAAAAUGUCAAAGGUGGCUAUGAUGAAGAAAAAUAUAAAUCCCACAUCGGGUUUGGUUGUCUAAGAGAUUAUUUGGAAGCUGAGCUUCAAAAAAGAUACAAAGAAGCUGCACCUGCAACAUUGGCUUUGCUCGAACAACGUUGCAGUGAAGUCACUGAUCAAUUAAAUACCAUGGACUCCAAAAUACAAGCAACAUCUGAUGUUGCUCACCUUCGAAGAUCUUCGAUGUUGUUUGCAUCCUCCAUCUGCAACCAUGUGGGAGUAUUGAUAGACGGAGCAGCUGAUCCUGACCCUGAGCAAUGGGGAAAAACAACAGAAGAAGAGAAAUCAGAAAGUGGGUUGGGGAGCUGGCCUGGAGUAAUGGCUGACAUAAAACCACCCAACGCUACCCUUCGGCUCUAUGGUGGUGCUGCUUUUGAAAGAGUGAUGCAUGAAUUUCGAUGUGCCGCAUACUCAGUUGAAUGUCCUCCUGUUUCAAGGGAGAAGGUGGCAAACAUCAUACUGGCCCAUGCAGGCCGAGGAGGUGGAAGGGGAAUUACAGAGGCAGCUGCACAGAUUGCACGUGCUGCUGCUAAAUCAUGGCUUGCCCCUCUUCUUGACACAGCUUGUGAACGACUAGCAUUUGUAUUAAGAAAUUUGUUUGAUCUUGCUAUGGAGAAAAAUCAGCAUCAGCACUUUGAUUAUGGGAACAAAACUGGGGAUAUGGAUGGCUAUGUCGGUUUUCAUGCGGCUUUAAGACGUUCUUACGAUUGUUUCAUAAGAGAUCUUGCAAAACAAUGCAAGCAACUCGUUCGUCACCACUUGGAUUCUGUUACAAGCCCAUAUUCUCAAGUAUGCUAUGAGACAGAACUCCUAUUUGAGUCGGGCCCAAACUCUACCUUUAGAUACCAGACAUCAACUACUUCAAUGUGCCUUGAUUUGUCUGAUCAUGGGUCAUCAUUGUGUAACGAAACUCUAAAAGACCAAGAAAACAUGCCUCCGGAAAAUAAUAAUAGGAAUAAGGAUCAGGAAACAACUCCAGGAAAGCUUUUAAAAGCAGCUGGGGAAGCUUCCAUGACGGUACCUGAAACACCAUCACCUGACCAACCAUGUGACGGAAUUUAUGUCAUCAAAAAGGAACAUGGAAACUUUAUUGAAGGUGUAGCAAGAAAACGUCAACCUCGAAUACAUAACAGUAAAGUGUUGACUAAUCUAGCUGGUCAAAAUGGUGGCGGUCUUGUAUUUUCAGGCGGGGAUAUGGGCUCACGAUCAGGGUCAACUUACAAGGAAAUAUGCUUAUCGGCUGCUCAACAUUUUGCACGGAUACGUGAAGUCCUGGUUGAACGGAGUGUAACUUCAGCACUGAAUUCAGGAUUUCUAACCCCAUGCCGUGACCGCCUUAUGGUAGCAAUGGGACUCGAUUUAUUUGGUGUGAAUGAUGAGAAGUUUAUGGAUAUGUUUGUGGCACCUGGUGCAAUUGACAACCUUCAGAAUGAACGACAGUCCCUUCAGAAGCGCCAGAAGAUAUUACAUUCUUGCUUGACUGAAUUCAAGUCAGUGGCAAGAUCUCUGUAGUAUUUACAGUCUGAUCUUGUUCGUGAAGUAAGGAAAUGAGUUGGCUGCUUUCAUGUUAGCAAAUAUGAGAACUUGAAUCUGAUGCACUCUACCUUCAAUGCUUAUCUAACGAAUUCCAUUUUCUCACCUUUUUCAAACCAAACAUCAUAUUGUCUGGUACGAGGGAAUCUUGAAUUUCGUUCCACUGGAUUAUGUUGAAUUCUGAUGAACCAAGCACACCUCAUUUUUUUCUUUGUUGAAUCUUGUAUGUACGUUUCUGUAAAUUUGGUAAUUGAGCUAGAAUUU